GCAAAAUCAUUCAAAUAGAGCCUAAAGGAACGAGCUAAUUAAAAUAGUGGCUGUAUAACACUGGAAGACCAGUGUCUUCAGAGUUGCUGCGGAUAUCUUAAGCGAUAGUCGAUAGCAGUUAAUAUGCUAGUGCUAGUAAAUGCCGGUCAUAAAACAUUACUCAAUACACAGCAGCUGGCCCGCCAAAAAUGAUUUGUAUUCGCGCUAUUUCGGUAACGUCGUGAAAACUGCAUAUUUUAAAAAAUUAAACAAUAACAAUGAGUCCAACAAACGGAUCACAGGCGGAUACAAGCGUUGAAGAUGAAGCAGAAAUACUAGCCCUGGAAAAACUGCUAGGCGAAGCUGAAAACGAUAAUGCAGAAAGUGCAAACUCAGCACCAGCACCACCGAAACCACCAACUUUAACUACCGCAGUGCCCCGAUUACGUGAAGACAACAGCUUUGCUGAUGCCUUUAGCUAUGAGGUGGCCGUCAAGCCAGCAAAGUCAAAUGCACAGCUAAGUACGAAAGCCCCUGAGCCAGAACUCGAUUCAUCGGACGACGAAGAAGUCAAGAACUUCUUGGAGCGCAAAUAUAAUGAAUAUGGCAGCGACAUCAAUAAAAAACUUAAACAGCAACGGGAUACUGCACACGAGAGCAAAGUGGCACGCGAGGUAGAUCACUCUAUUAGGACAACAACAAAACUAGUGACCUCAACUCCACAGCCAGAGGCUCUACGUCUCAAAAAUCCACAUAAUCCCAUCCAGCGGAAGUCGCUGGCAAGCAACUCUUUCCAAAGAGCACCGCCUGCUGCAGCAGCGGCCACAACCUCCAGCCAAUCUCUGCAACAGUCAAAGAUAACUGCUGUUUACACAGAUCCCGUUUUUGGGCUGCGUAUGAUCAAUCCAUUAAUAUCCAGCACCUUGCUACAGGAGCGCAUGAAUGGACGCAAAGCGGUUCCUUUUUCAGGUCUAGCAUUUCAUAUAGAACGCGGUGAUUUGGCCAAGGAUUGGGUCAUUGCCGGUGCAUUGGUAACCAAACAGCCAGUGCGAAAUACCAAAAAAGGCGACCCCUAUUCCACGUGGCGUCUCUCAGAUCUGCGGGGCGAGAUGAAGACUGCUACUGUCUUUCUUUUCAAGGAAGCGCAUAAAUCACUGUGGAAAACAGCAGAAGGCAUGUGCAUGGCCGUGCUUAACCCGACGAUCUUUGAGAAGCGCGCAGGCAGCAACGAUGCUGCCUGCCUGUCCAUUGAUACCUCACAGAAGGUCAUGAUUCUCGGCCAGUCGAAGGAUUUGGGCACAUGCCGUGCCACUAAAAAGAAUGGAGACAAAUGCACAGCUUUGGUGAACCUGACCGACUGCGAUUACUGUGUCUUCCAUGUGAAGCAGGAAUUUGGUAAAAUGUCCCGUCGAUCCGAGCUGCAGUCGGCGACAACGGGACGUGGACUCAACGAACUGCGCAACAAGGUGCUGGGCAAGAAUGAGGUGUUCUAUGGAGGUCAGACUUUCACGGCAGUUCCGGCUCGCAAGAGCGCCAAGCUCAUCAACAAUGAGCGCGAGCGCCUCAGUAAGCUGGCUGGCUACGAUAUCUCGCCCUUUGCACACGAUGUUAAUCACGAGUCCAAGCCACGCUCCUGCGUGCCCGUCAGUGUGCCGUAUGCCGAGCGUGGUGGACCGGUCUCACGACUAGCAGGCAAUGUGGAGGCUUCUUCCAAACAGCGUUACAAGGAUCUCGAACGUUUGCGUCAACUACGCGAAGAAAACGAACGUUUUGCAAAGAAAGCAACAACUCAAGAGACGCCUGCAACUCCCGAACCCAAACGAGCUGACCCGCCCACAACACCGCAAAGUGUGCCUGAUAAGUUUAAGAAUCGUGGAUUUUCCUUCGAUGCCAGUCUGACGCCCAAACUGGCAAGCAGCGAGAAUUUCAGUUUCGAGGUGAACAUUGGAGCGCGGCAGGCGCAGAGCGCCAAACUGAAGGCAGCUGCGCUGCUCAAAAAGAAGCCGCUUGAGAAGGUGAAUCCGAACUCCACCCGUGGCACUGAGUCUGGUAAACGACGCGCCAUCGACGAUCUGCACGACAAGUUCAGCAACACAGCGAAGCGUCAGAAGCUAGAGGAAGAAGAGCGCGAGCUGAUGCGUAAAUCGCGCAUUGAACGAAUCAUGGCUGCCACGUCGUCCCACACGAAUCUGGUGGACAUGCGUGAACAGGAAGCUCAAGCCGACUAUUUCAAUAAGCUAGAGCGCAAAGAGGCCAUGGAGGAGAAGAUGUUGAACACCUAUAAAAUGCCCUGCAAGGCGGUCAUCUGCCAGCGCUGCAAAUACACAGCCUUUGCGGCCGCCGAGCGCUGCAAAGAGGAGAAACAUCCGCUGAAAAUCGUGGAUGCUGAGAAACGCUUCUAUCAGUGCAAAGACUGUGGCAAUCGCACCACCACUGUCUUCAAGAUGCCCAAGCACAGCUGCAGCAGCUGCAAAGGCUCGCGCUGGGAGCGCACGGCCAUGAUACGUGAGCGUAAGGUGUGCACGGGACGCGAAACGCUCUCGGUGCGAGGCGAUGAGGAAACCUUCUUGGGCAGCGUGGCCAGUGCGGCGAGUCUAAAUCUGCUAGUGCCUGAGGAGGACUAGAAGGGAUAGCAAUAGACAUAGACUUCAUUAUUAUGUAUGUUAAAUAUAUUUUGAAUAUUAUAUAGAAAAGGCAUAGUUAUAU